GACGUAUUCCACAGCCUUAAAGAGGAAGCACUUGAUUGUGUAGUGAAUUACCUCGUAUCCUAUUACUAUUCGACUAAUAACAAUAAGAUUGAAUGAAUUGGUGGCAUAAAUUAAAUGACCAUUUCUACAAUACGACGAUAAAGACUGAGAAAUUCAUGAAUAUAUACACUGAACUUGGCUACAAAUAGUGUGAGAAUAUCUGGGCAAAACAAUGGCCUCAGUCGGUGGAGGAGCAACAGGAGGGGGCCGUAACUUGAAUUUCAAAGUUGUGUUACUCGGAGAAGGAUGUGUUGGCAAGACAUCACUAGUUCUAAGAUAUGUUGAAAAUAAGUUUAACGAUAAGCAUAUUACAACAUUACAGGUAAUUGAUACUUUUUAUUUAAAAAAUAUAUACAAUAUUAGUAAAAUAGUGGACCAUACUGGACAUAGACUUAGACAUUGACUGACAUGAGUUCAACUGUCAUCUUGCAACGCCACUUUUACUUCACUUUAAUAAUUUUAUAACAUGUAUAAAAUAGCCUAAGCAACAACCAAGCAGUCCUCUCGCUUAGUUAGUAGUUUUAGUUGACUUCACUCAUUUAGUGUCUAGGCAUAGUCAAGAUUUAGAUAAUUUGACAGAUUGUCUGUUUCAUUGUGAUGAUAGCCUCUAAAAAUAAAAACAUCCUUAGUCCUUAGUCAUAGUCAUAGUCCAUAAAAGAUUCCCCCCCCCCCCAUCCAAUAUUCAUAAACAAAUUUAAUUAACCUAAAAUAGAUAAUUUGACAGAUUGUCUGUUUCAUUGUGAUGAUAGCCUCUAAAAAUAAAAACAUCCUUAGUCCUUAGUCAUAGUCAUAGUCCAUAAAAGAUUCCCCCCCCCCCCAUUAGAAUUUCAUAAAUAUAUUUAAUUGACCUAAAAAUUUCAGGCAUAACUAAAGUCUCUUGCAGAAUUCUCAAUUAUGAUUUGACUAACAAUAAAAAUACUAACAUCACACUCAAAUUUUAGGAUCAUUCUAUGGCGACCAUGGUAGCUUAUUUUUUAAAAUCCUCUAAUUUAGAAUAUAAUAAUAUUAAUAUUAAUCAUAAAAAAUGUGUUUUUUGAAAAUUUCUAAGUAAUGCAUUAGAAUUAGAUAUGUACACAAGCCAUGACAAGCUAACUACUGUUUUCACAUUAAGACCAAUAAGUAAAUACUUAGAAUUAUAGAUAUAUACAUAUUUUGUAAUCACAUUGAGACAUUGUUUACAUUAUCAUAGGAUAUAAUUAAGCAUUGCCAAGAAAUAGUUACAAAGAAGACAUUGUUUUAUUUUUAUUUUCUGCAGGCAUCAUUUUUGAACAAAAAAUUAAAUAUUGGAGGAAAAAGAGUUAAUCUUGCAAUUUGGGUAAGUUGUUUUAUUUUAUUUUUUUUGGUGGAAAUCUGAAAAGAGAAGAAGAUUUUAUUUUUAUCUAAAAUUCAUUGUUUAAAAAUGUUUACUAUGUUAUCAUUGCUUUAUGAAUUUUUUAAAGAUUACAGAUGUCUAUAUAGUGUUAUGCUCCAAUUUUUUAGUGAUUCAUUAGCUGUGCAUUAGUUAUGUAAAGCUGACAUUGCGUUAUAAAUAGUGUUGAAAAUUAUAUAUAUAUUCUCUAACUUUCACAAUCUUUAACUACUUAAAGCAAAAAACAGAUCAAAUAUUCCUGCAUUAGAAGUGAUAGGAUUUUUUUUGCUUUGCAUCUCUAUAGGACACUGCCGGCCAAGAAAGAUUUCAUGCAUUGGGUCCAAUAUACUAUAGGGAUAGUAAUGGUGCUAUAUUAGUUUAUGACAUCACAGAUGAAGAUUCCUUCCAAAAGGUUUGUUACAUGAUUUUACUGGUACUUUUUUUUUCUCUGGCUCAUGAAUAUCAUUUUCACCUGAGUUGAUAAAUAAAUAUCACUUUACUGACACUUAAUUUAUGGUACUUAAAUUCAUAAAAAGAUUAACUAAAUUAACUGCAUUAUCUUUUAAUUGGCAGGUUAAAAACUGGGUAAAAGAAUUGAGAAGAAUGCUAGGACAAGAUGUAUGUUUGUGUAUUGCCGGAAACAAGACAGAUUUAGAGAAAAAUCGAAAUGUUACUGUGGAAGAAGCUGAAUCGUAAGUUAAUAGUGUCUCUCUUGAAUUUUCACCAAAAUUUGGCAAGAAAUUAAUUCAUUGAAAAAUAUAUAAGUACUGUAACUGUAAUUAAAAGGGAAGUGAGUUGCUCCAUUAAUGAGCAUCAAAUUUGUAAAAUGAAUGUGGAUGCAAGCUAAUUCAUACAAAGAGAAUGUUUUAUUUUAAAUUCUAAUCAUUUCUAAACAAAAUGCUUUUCAGUUUGUGAGUUAGUCUAUUGGAUAGUUAUGUUAGCUUUUAACAUGCCUUAAUUAGUUGUUUGUUUAAACAACAUGUAAAAGAACAUGUUAUUUUUCCACAGAUAUGCUGCUUCUGUGGGUGCAAAACACUUUCACACAUCUGCAAAAAUGGGUCGUGGUAUUGAGGAACUUUUUUUAGAUUUAAGCAAAAGUAAGAUUUUUUUUUAUAGCAAAAUCGGUGGUAAUUAAAACAUUGUAUGUAUGGAUGGAUUAGUGUAUUGCAUAUCCGUGAUGUAAGAAUUCUUGGUGGCUUAAGUUAAAGAAGUGAGGCUUCUUUUUUUGACACGCUAACAUUAUACAUUAAUUUUCCUUAACCAAUUUUCUUCUUUCUAUUGAACUUUAAAGACAUGAUUGAGAAGUCUGAAGAAAGCGUAAGCAAAGGUCGACCAGGAAGCACGAACAGAAAAAGUCAAGUUUUAGUAGUUGAUGAUUCUACAGAACUACCAGCCCCUAAAAGUGGAUGUUGCGGCUAGCAAAUUCUUUUUUUCUUCUUCAUGCCUUAUGUAUUGGUAAGAAUAGAAAAGCGUGCAUCAGUCAUUUCAUUGAUGCUAAGAGAAGACAGUUUAAUCGGCAUAAACCCUGUGGGUCAUACUAUGUGAUACUGUCAUGUCCAUGUUGAUAAUUACAUAAUUUUCUUCUGAAUGAGAAAUGUGCAAGUGAUGUGCAAGAUCUCACUCUUUAGUAUGAUGUGUCAAAACUUCUUUCAGUUCUGAUCGUUAUUUUUUCAUGAGAAAUUGAGUACUGUGUGGAUUUUUAAAAACAAUUUUAUUUAUAGAAAUAUUAGAUAUGCUGGUUGUGUGAAUUGGUCCAGUGAUCCUCAAAUUUGUCUAAAAAUAUUUCUUUUAAACUGAAUGUCAUAAGUACUAGUACUACUUUAAUUAUAAGUAAAUCACUAAUUUUUACAUUAUAGGAAUACUACCUGCUCCAUUUGCCUCUCAAAAGACAAAAUGUAAGGAAUCAUAAUUUAAAAAAAAUCUAUGAACAAUAAGAAAAACCAUUAUAUGUCCUGCAAGUGCAAUUAUUACCUAAAAAAAUGUUUGAAGAGUUCAAAAGGAAUGUUUUAUUUGAGAUGUAUGUGUAUAUGCUCUCUAACAUCAGUCAUAAUUGAGUAGGGUAAUUAAACAGAGAGAUGACUCAAAAAAAAAAUAUUAUUAUUUUUUUCUGACAAGGCCUAACCAUACAAUCUCAUAGUGAGAACUAAUUGAUUGUGUUAAUUAUAAAUGCCAUUUAAUUGAUGAUGCUGUGAAAUACAACUUGUUUAUCAUUUAAAAAUUUUGAAAUGGUUUCCCUUAUAAUUUUGUCAUAUGUUUGAGACAUGGCUUAAACUUGUACUAAUGUUGUUUUAUUUAUUUUUUUGGUAUUGUAACAAGAGUAUAUCUUCCUAGAACUCAGUGCUUUCCUGUCUCUCUUCUCUAAUCUACAACAUUCAGUUCUAUGACUCUCUGAUUACCCAGGUCAUUUAUGUCAUGCCUAGGUAGGAUGCUUUUCUCUUUGUUUAUUUAUACAUGGAAGCUAUUCUUUGAGAUUUGUGCUUUGUUGUUUAUUUUUAAAUGCAAGCACCAUCAUUUUUUUUUUCCAUUAUAUUUCAUCUUGUUAUUGUGUCGCACCUUUAUUGUUGACUUCUACAAAACCCUUGCCUUACGUAAGAACUAUUGACUAUUUGCCGAUAUCAAUAUGAAUAGUAAGAGAAACACUAACAAUUGAAUGAUCCCAAAUUUUUAAUACAUUUUAAUUUUAUGCUCCUCAUGGAUUUCUUGUUUUUUUUUUUUUUU